AAAACUUGUAAAAAAAUUAUUAAAAUUAAAAACACUAUACCAAAGUAUUAAAAAGUAUCAAGUGAGGAAGAUAAUUAUUAAAUAUUAUUUUAAUAAAAUUAAUCAAGUGACCAGGUGUUUAAAAAUAACUACUAUUGAGGUUAUGUCAUAGCACAUUCAUCAAAAUAUACAACAAUUAAUCAAUAAGGAACAAAUAUCAAUGAUUAUAAAAUUAGAAAAAAUAAUAAGCUGCUCGUCAGAGCACCCUUCGUACCCGGCGUCGAACCUUCUAUGCAAGCCAUCACCAGGUCCAUGGAAAUGUGCGAAAUCUGGAGAAAUGCUUGCAGAAGUAGUAUUCGAGCUACCAGAGGCUUCAUGCAUAACUGGUAUUAAUAUUGGUAAUUACAGGUCCUGUUUGGUGAUCAUCACUGCUGCGACUUUUCAGGAGCCAGACAAAUGGGUGUUCAUAUUGAACCACCAGUUCAUGACCCGCGACGAGGCAGUAAAUAACAAAUUCAAGGACAAGGUCCUGGUGUUUACCAAAAAGGAGCUUAAUCCUGAUACUGUUGAUAGGAAAUUUGAUAGGGUGAAAGUCACCUGCAUGCAGCCUGCUAAUUUGAAAGAAUUAUUCGGGCUAGCUUCCAUCACUCUUAUAAAUUCUGGUAAUAUUAAAGAUGAUGAUGAUGAUAAAAGGAAUGGUGGUAGUAAUUUUGAUGAUAAUAAUCAUGAAAAAAAUAGGCUGAGUGGUGAUGAAAUAGAUGAUGAACAGGCUUCUACUUCAGAAGUUGAUCGAAGUAAUUUGACCAAGGAUAAAAAUAAGUGUCCAAUUUGCUCGAGAAAUCCGGAUGAAUUGUGCAAGACUUGUAAGAAAUUGUCUGCUCCACGUGACAAUUCACCACUAGUGAAGGAAACUAAGACUAGAGAGUCUAAGUCUAGAGUAAAGAAAGAGUUUUCAAAGCUGAUGAGGGACGUAAGGUUCUCUUUGAGCGGGUACGUCAACCCUCAGCGGGAUGAAAUCAGAAAGAAAGCACUAAAAAUGGGGGCUAAGUAUGUCUCUGAUCCUAAUACAAGAGACAAUAAAUGUACGCAUUUAAUAUGUGCUUUUAAAAACACGCCAAAGUACCAGCAGCUUCGCGGUCAUGCGAAAAUUGUUUCUAAGGAUUUUAUUGAGGAAUGUUUUGAUCACAAAAAGAGGUAUCCUUGGAGAAGAUAUGCAUUGAGUAGCAGUGACAGGAGAGCUGCUGAAAGUGAAGAAGAAGUUGAAGCAUCAACUUCAAGACCAGCGAAUCCUUAUGAACAGGAUACUGAUUCAGAUGAUUAACUAAUAAUAAAAAUUAUUAGACUCAAGUACCUUGCUAGAAAAUUAACAGAUGUUAUUUACUAAGAUUAAAGUUUUUUAUUGAUUAAUACUGAAUUUAACAGACAGCUAAAAAAUUUUUACAGUCUUACAACAAU